UUGAAAAUUACUUUGUGUUUGAAUUUGUGCUCGUUCAUUAGUGCAACGCAAUUUCUUAUACGCCGGUUUUUAUAAAGUUCAAAGCCUAUUUUGUGUUGGCAAAGUUUUUAAAAAUAUUAAUAAAAUAUCGUUUUACAUAGCGUUGAUCGCUUUAAAUAAAAAAUAACACUGCCACAGUGCACAGUUAUUGUGGGUGUAUUACUUGUAGUUACAAGAACAAAAAAGACUUUUUAAGAACAAUUUUUAAAGUGCUGCAGGAUUGAUUGCAAAGCAAGUUUUAAUUAACUGCGUAGAUUUCAAGUGUUUUGAAAAAAAAGUACUGCUGAAAGGAUUCUGAUAUCUGGAGAAUAUUCCAAUUGGAUUAAGCUAAUUUUCUGCAAUCGCAAAUUUUCGUCUUCAAAGUGAACAUCACAUCGCUUCGUACACUUUGAAAUAUCUAGUUGAUUUACAAAAUUAUUCGUUGCAUAAAUUCAAAAAUUCUAUACUUCAAAAAAAUAAUUAAAAUAAAAACUAAUAUUCUCUCUAUAAUAGGCGUAUAUUUUUAAAUUAAAAUCGAUUUUUGCACGCGCAUAAAGUUUUAAACAAACACAACUCAACGAUAUACAACAUGGUGCAUCCAGCUGAAAAUACUACAAACGCUGCCGCUGAACUAACAGCUGCUGAAAAAGAAGUAUCGCGGAGAUCAGCACCCAUUAAGAAGAACAAUAAAAUACGCUCAAAACAGCCGCGUCUUUCCAAGAAAGUGAAAUUUAUCACCACUGAAAUUCGCUGCCAGGAGAAAUCGCGUGGCGGUCUUAGCUAUGAAGUGAUUCUGGCCGAGCCAGCACCCAAUGUGGUAGUGCCCAAGCGUCCAGUGACACCUGGCAAAAAUGUCUCAGUCGAGGAGAUCGAGCAAAAGCUGAAAGCUGCCGAAGAGCGACGCAUUUCUUUGGAGCAAAAGAAAAUGGCCGAUCUAACCUACAAACUAUCGAAAAUCGAAGAAGCCACACGCAAAAAGGAUGAAAUCACCAAUGAGUUCAUCAAUCAGACCAAGGAGAAGUUGGAAACUAAAAUCGAACAGCAUGUUGAGAAGCGUGAAGCCAUCAUUAGUGACAUGAAGGAGAAAUUGAAGAUUCACUCACAAGAAAUUGAGAAGACACGCGAACAAUUGGAACAGCAGAAAUCUAUUGAGAAAGUGGCUAUCGAGGAGAAAUUGAAGACAGCUCAGACUUUGCGAGAUGAGAAUAUUAAAAAGAUGCUGGAACGUCUCAAGGAGCAUAACACUAACAAAAAAAACCAAAUCGACCAAUUGGAAACACAAAAACUUGAGGAGAAGACCCGCGUUAUUGAAAAUAAAUUGUACACCGCCGAACAAAAUCGUGAAAAGGAGAUACAAAAGAAAAUUGAAAAAGUUCAAAAACUUGAACGUCGCGCUGAAUUGGUGCGUCAGAAUAAGGCGGCAGCACAGCAACCGAUUUGUGAUGAUACCAACACAGCUAUUGCCUCAUCUGGUUAGAGCAACAACAGCAACAGCAGAACACCACACAACAAUAAUAUUUAUAAAAACAAAAAACAACAGCACAUAUGCAUAGAAAACAACAACAAGAAAAAACCAGAUUAAGAGCAAAAGAAAAUCGCAACAACAACAAUAACAGUGAAGGUGAUUGAUAUGAUUGAUGGGGUAGGAAGAAUUUUGCCGCAAAAAAAAAAGAAAUCGAAGUGAAACGAGCAGCAAACAAAAAUCUUUGCGCAGCUUAAGAAGAACACUUAUGUAAUAUUGCAAAAAUCCACUAACAACUUAGCAUAGGAAAUGCGACUAAAAUUUCGAGACGAAACCAGCCGUUGCACAACUUAUAAAUGAUAUUUAAAAAAUAUAUAAAAAAAAGGAAAAGAGUAUAACUGCAGCAGUAAAAUAAAGAAGAAGAACAAAUAUUAAAAAAAAAAAACAAAAAAACAUAUAAAUUAUUUCGAUGAAGCGUUUUCACAACACUCUUGCGUAUAGAAAGAAAAACAAUAAAAAAAAAUGCAAAUGUCAUGAUUAAAGAUGAUAUGCCAUGCCGCAAACAAGCAACUGCAAAGAUCCAUAAUUCAACACUCGUCAACAGCAGAAAAUAAAAAUAAAACACUUUAUAAAUUAUAAUUAUUAUGAAUAAUAUUUAAAAGGAAUGAACUGCAGCUGCAAAAUACAUACAUAGAAACACACUUUACUAUUCGAAGAAAAAUGAUGAAGCGAAAGCAUAAACAUUAAACUCAUUCAAAUAUAUAUUCUCAUUACUAUUAUUAUUAUUAUUAUUAAUAUUAUAAAUUAAAAUUAUAUUUUUAUUAUUAUUAUUAUUACUAUUAUAAUUGCAAUUAAUUCACUGAUUUAUUGAUUUAUUAAUGGAUUUUGAUUGAUACACAAUUUAUAAGUAUAUUUCUUAUUACUAAUAAAGAAAAUGAUACAAAAUGAAUGAUAGAAAUGAUUUGUAAGCAAACGCAAACGCAAACACAAACACACACACUCAAGUGGCGCAAGCGCUCUUUUUCAGAUAUUCAACAAAUACUCUCUCUACUUAAAAUAAAAUAAAUAUAAUCGCAAGAAGAAAGCAACAACAGCUAAUAUGAAAAGAAACAAAACCAAAAAAGAAAAAAAACAAACAAAAAAUUUAAUAAAUAACAAAAUUUGACAUUUAUUGAAGAAGGAAACGCAUUAAACGAUGUUAUAGCCGUUCGAAAUGGGGGCGAUAUAGGGGAUUUUUUGUAACUAAAUAGAUAUCGGAAGAGGAAUAUAAAAAUAAAUACAUAUAUGUAAUUGGGGUUUAAAUGAUUUUCAACGACUUGCAUAUUGAAUAUGGGUUUGCUGCAAAAUUCAUUUGUCUCAUAUUUGUCUGUGUGUAAUGCCAUGUAUUAUAUUUACAUAUAUUAUUCCGCAGGAAGUAUAAAACAUAUAAUAUUUGUAAAAAAAAAAACAAAAACGUAAAUU